AUGGGAAUAAUCAAGUUCAGUCUAAUGAUGCUGGAGAACCGGUUUCCUAAUGGUAUUGAUAAUCUGAAUGUAUAUGUUGAUGAUCUAUUACUCAUUGGAAGUUCUAAGAUUGCAAUUCAAGAUACAAAAGAUUUUUUACACAGCAAUUUUAGAAUUAAAGAUCUUGGUUUAAUGAAAUAUUUCCUUGGAAUGGAGGUAGCUAAGUCAGAAUCUGGUAUAAUAUUAUCACAAAGAAAAUAUGUGCUUGAUAUGUUGACAGACAUUGGAAUGACUGGUUGUAAACCUCUAGCUAUUCCAAUGCCACAGAAUCUUAAACUGUUGCCAUACAUUGAAGUACAGACUUUGAGCCAAUUCAUGCAGAACCCAACCAGAUCACAUAUGGCAGUAGCAAAGAGCAUUGUGAGAUAUCUCAAGGGAUCUAUUGGUUUGGGGAUAUUUCUUAGUUCUGAAAGAGAGCCAGAACUCGCAUGUUACUGUGAUUCUGAUUGGGCAUCAUGUGGAAUUACUAGAAGAUUUGUCACAGGAUAUUUAUUGAAGUUUGGAGGCUCAUUGGUGAUAUGGAAAAUGAAAAAACAAUGGACUCUGUCUAAGUCAUCUGCAGGGGCUGAAUACAGGGCAUUAAGCAUGGCAACUUUUGAAAUCACGUGGGCCCUAUGA